UGGUACAAGGCUAUUCACAACAGCCUUGUACCAUGUGACAAGCUCUGAUCAAUCACAGCUCACACAGUAUUUCUCAAUGGCUGCAAGACCGGAAAUUUGCUGUGUCAUUGGACACAACUGAUCACAUGGUAAAAGGCCGCUCUGAUCGGCCUUUUACCAUAUCACAUGAUCAGCUGUGUCUGUAGGACACAGCGAUCACCGGUGGCGCUGGGUGCGCGCUGCUGGAGGCACGCAGGGGGCGUGUUCUGGGAGGACAUCCAUGGACAACCACGCUGUAGCUGUCCUUCGGCUACAGCGUGGUUGGGAAGUGGUUAAA